AUGAACCUAAGAGGGGACGAGGGAGGCGUAAAACAGGAGAAAUUUAGAAGAAUAGAUGUAGAGGGAGGGGAAAGUGGGAGAAAUUUAGAAGCAAGGGGGCGUAGAUGGCAAUUGGUAGGGUAUGCUACAGAUGGCAUUAUUUAUCGGCCUGCUUUCGUGACGCCUCUCAAGUCUUAUAACCAGGAGAAGGACAAUUGUAGCAAGAUACCCCCAUCAGCGGAACAUUCAAAAGUAUAUCCAGGCCAAGAGAGAAUCCCAAAUAACAUCACGCCAGGGAUGGUUUCAAACACUGCAGAGACUGCUGCUGUUUCUGAAGAUCUUCCUCCAGCUUCACCAAGAAUCAGGCUUGCUGAUGGAAGGUAUCUGGCUUAUAGAGAAAGUGGGGUCCCCAAGAACAAAGCAAACUACAAGAUCAUCAUUGUUCAUGGCUUUGGAAGCUCCAAGGAAAUGAGUUUCCUGGCACCCCAAGAAUUAAUAGAUGAGUUGGGGAUAUAUUUUCUGCUAUAUGAUCGUGCUGGAUAUGGAGAAAGUGAUCCAAAUCCAAAGCGUUCGGUCAAGAGUGAAGCCCUUGACAUCGAAGAACUGGCUGAUCAGUUAGAGUUAGGAUUGAAAUUUUAUGUGAUUGGAGUGUCAAUGGGAUCGUAUCCCACCUGGAGUUGCAUCAAAUAUAUACCACACAGGCUAGCAGGUGUGGCUUUGGUAGUUCCAGUUGUCAAUUAUAGGUGGCAUUCUCUUCCUGACCAUCUGAUAAAGGAUGAUUACAGGAGAAAACUUAUCAAAUGGGGACUCUUCUUUGCAGAAUUUGCCCCUGGACUACUGCGGUGGUGGGUGACUCAGAAAUGGCUCCCUUCAACUUCUGUCCUGGAAAGAAAUCCGGUAUUCUUCAACAGCAGAGACAUAGAAGUCCUCAAAACAAUUCCAGGCUUCCCAAUGCUUUCUCAGGAAAAAUUACGACAACAAGGGGUUUUUGAUACUCUGCAUCAUGACUUCAAAUUGGCUUUUAGCCGUUGGGAUUUCGACCCCAUGGAUCUCAGCAAUCCAUUCCCCCAAAACCAGAGCUCUGUUCAUAUUUGGCAAGGUUAUGAAGAUAAGGUUGUGCCAUUUCAACUUCAAAGAUAUAUUUCAUUUAAGCUACCGUGGAUUCAGUAUCAUGAAGUUCCUGACGGUGGGCAUUUAAUUGUGCAUUAUGCUGGUUUGUGUGAGGCCAUUCUGAGGGCACUUUUGCUUGGAGAAGAACAUCUUCAUUACAAACCUACUAUAGCCAAAAUUGUUUCAUAA